AUGAAAUUGUAUGCCACAUGCCAAUAUAAAUGUGGUGACAACAAACAGCUCAACUGUAAUUAUAAUUGUCGUUUAGGAGGCCAUGAUAAUAUGGCCACUGGUAGUGGUGACUACCCAGACAAUACAACGAAUUCACCAUCACCAUCAUCCCUUUACAGUAGUUGUCCACAAUUGAAUCAGUAUCGUAGUUUGCCCCGAAAUCUUUUCAGUGCUCUGAGACGACAACAGCAGCAACUAGCAACAACAACAACAGCAGCAGCAGCAUCAAUAUCUUCCUCAGCAAGCGCUAUAUCAGACGCAGCAGCAUCAGCAACAUAUUCAACACAAUUGUGGCCAUUAUACCCCCAGAACGAAUUCGGAACAGGAACUAAGAAGAUCAGCUUUAAUCAAAAGCACAAAUAUUGUGAACAUCCUCCACAAAUUCCCAGCAGAAGUAACAAGCCAACUGCAUGCAACAUCAGCAAGCAAACGAUUUCCAAAACAGUCUUACAAAAAUCAUUAAGCGAACAAUCUGCCUUGGAAUUGACACUACCCGCACCUCCUGGAUUUCGGGACAUUUCAAUAGCCACUCCUGCCGCUUUGACCACACAACGAAUAUUGUGUGAAAAUUGUCGUUACAACGAUCAACCGGUUGUCUGGUGGGUUUCGUGUCCUCGUUUGGCCUAUCAACAGGGUUCCACACAAAGUCUCAAAGAAUACACCUCUAAGACUACGCCCUUUGUAUCCACCAGUAGUAAUAACAACGUCAACGAAUUCCUUACACCUCACAGCACUCUCGAAUCCCAUAGAUCGAAUAUAUCAUCAGCAUCAUCAAACAUGUUAAAGAAACCCAUGGUGAAAUCAAGUGUCCAAGCAACAACAAUUACAUCCACUGCCGCAGCAAGUACAGCAGCAACAAGCCAGGCUACAAUAGCAAAUCAAGCAUAUAAGUGUAACACUUCGGUGACAAAUGCAACUCCUUCGCCACCACCACCACCCCUAAUGAGAGCACAUCAUCAUCGUUCGAUAACAGCAUUGCAGUCCAUUGAUUUGUAUGAUAAUUAUGGGGCCUCGACACAUGUUCCUUCUAGCAUUUUCAAUAGCAUGUCAUGCAGACGUCAUGCCAAACAGCAGCAGCAACAACAAUUGCAACAGACAUUACAACAUCAACAUCAUUCACAUCAGCCACCUCAAUCUCAUUCCCAAGCAGCAUGCUCAUCAACACCAGCAACAACACAACAACAGCAGCAAUAUACUUGUUGUAGUUCCUACAAUAUAGACCAUCAUAAAAUGCAAAUGCCUUCUACAUGCCUCUGUGGUAAACUCUACCAUCAACAGGUGCGACCUCAAGAGACUCUAGCGCCACCACCACCAGCCGCUUUACAUUCGGCCAAUCGUGGUUGCAAUCAUGGUUUUUAUUAUGCUCCCGAUUCUUGCGUGCAUCAGUUUGAAGAACAGGAUUCUGGUUUUCCCGGUUUAAGGGAUCAAGAAUUCUAUUUGUUGCAUCGUAAUAUUCCUGCUUUAAGACGUACGGGAGUUGAUACUAUUGGCAUUAGGCAACAUUUCUAUCCUGAUGGCGGCUGGGGUUGGAUUAUAUGUGGCAUGUCUUUUUUGGUGCAUAUUUUAACGACUGGUCUGCAAUUGUCUUAUGGUUUGACAUUGUUCUAUGCUGUUCAACAUAUACAGAAUGCUAAUGGAAAUGAAUGGCUGGGAGCACUAAGUUGGUCAAUAUCAAUGUUAAUUUCUCCCUUCGUGGAGACUAUAUGUCGGAGAAAAUCUACUAGACUAAUGGCUGUGGUAGGCGGUUUAAUACUCUCUUUAGGAAUACUAUUCACUUCAUUUGCCACUGAAGUGGAUCAGGUUAUUUUCAGUUAUGGUUUUGUUUUCGGCAUAGGCGUGGCAAUGGUGCGUGAGACAUCGACCAUAAUGUUGGGUAAUUACUUUAAGAAAAGAAGACUUUUUGUGGAAAUGGUGGCCAUGUCGGGUGAGGGUGUGGGUAUAGCUUUAUUUUCGGUGCUAUUAAAAGAAGGAGUGGGAAAAAUGGGUUGGCGUUGUGGUUUACAAAUUGUAGCGGCCUUAACUUCGAUAAGCUUUUUCGUGGGUCUUUUAUAUAGACCCGCUUCUUUAUAUCAUCCUCAAAGAAGAGCCAUACAGCAUUUAAAGAAUCAAAGGAAAAAGAUGCGAGAUCAUAAAAACAAUAAUCCUCCCGUAGAGCCUAAUAUUUUAAAGAAAUUAUUACAAGACAUAUCAAAUUUAAAAUCGGGCACAGUGAAGAUUUUAUUAUUGACCUCUGCUGUGGCGGCUUUGGGUAUAUAUACACCAAUGUUUACCAUGUCUUUAAAUGCUGCCAAAGAAGGUUCCGAUGUUCAAGAAUUGGUGCUAUUACAAACUAUGCUGGGAAUGUCUACAACCUUGGGAGUAGUUUUGGCGGGUGUCUUAAUAAGAAGGCCGUUUGUUAUACAUAAUUUUGUAUUGUCUACACCAAUAAUAUCGCAGUUUUUCCUGGCUACUGUGGCACUUUCCAUACUCUUCAUGUCCUUUAUUAUGGGCUACAAAGGUCUGUGCAUAUUAUCGGGCAUUUAUGGUGUUGGUUUUGGUGGCUUUCGUUUUUCUUUGAAAAUGUUGGCCCUGGAACGGGUCAAGGUGAAAUUUUCUAAGACUUGGUCUUUUGUCAGAGGAAUUGAAGCCAUACCAGUGCUGAUAAGUGUACCUUUAACCAUAUUUCUCAAUGACUAUUCCCUUAAAUAUGGACGAGCGGGUUACUAUAUAUGCUCAGCUGCUGCUGCCAUAGCCGCCAUUAUAAUAUUUUUCAUAGGUUACUCCACAUACCCUCAUAAUCCUUCACAACGUUCGAAUAUGAAUGGUGCUGCAGUGCCGACAACACCGCGCAUGCGUUCCAUGUCUACGCAAUAUAUACGACAUAAAUAUCAACCGGCCUUUACGGUAGACUAUACGAAAACCAAUGGCUGUGAUUAUCCAGCCCCUGAUCUAAUAAAUCGUAGUUGUAUUAGUUUAAAUCAAUUGGGUGCAAGUUCUUCGUGUAUGUGUGAACCUUUAAGGCCUAUGUGUAAUUGUCAUCAGCAUCAGCAUACUCCAGCUCAGCAGAGAAGACAUUUUAUGACCGAUUUGAGUCGUACUGGAGGUGUGGGUGCUUUACAUGCUGCCGAAGUGGGUCAUGAUCAUCGUUAUCCUUAUAUAUAUGAUAAUGGUACGGGCAACUAUUUGAGACGUAGUCUUUCCUUUAUACAAAAUGCCAACUGUUGUGGUUCCAAUCAAUUCCAGUUACAGUGCCAAGCUAAUGUUCAGUGGUCUAAUAGAGAUUUAAGAAUGGAAAACACCCAACCCUUACUUUGCACCUGCAGCCCCUCCAGCUAUUUCCAGAACUGCAAAAGUCAAAGUGUACCCGAGGGCCUGUCGACUAUGUCGCAACAGUGCAAAUGUAAACCACAGCCCUCGCGUGAAUACAUCUAUGUGCCGCGCCAACUAGCACAACAGCCUCUCGCUCAACACUGUUCCUGUCAAAAUCUCGAUAAAUCUCUGGCCACUGCCACUACUACCACUACAAUAUCAGCCUCCAAUCAAUCGAGAAAUGUUUUUAAAGAUACUGGACCAGCAGUAGCGGCGCAUUCUACUGCUACAAUACCUAAAUGUAAACUCAAACGUUCACAAUCCCUAUCGAGACCUAUAACCUAUGUUGAACAAAUGACCACAUCCGUGUAG